CCCGUCGGUCGAGCGAUCUUUCAGUACCUCCACUCGAUAGGACUCGAACGAUCCAUCUAUCUCGGGAUUCCGUUCCUGGACCACUCCGUUUGGCGGCUCGUCUCGGCUCUUUAAUUGCGUCACUAAUGAGCUGCAUUUAUGUUAAUCUCCGCACCCGGGACGUCUAAGCGCUACGCGAUCUAAAGAUUUUGGGAUCCCAGGGAGGGAUCUUCAACGCAGCAUUCGGCAUUCGGCCAUCGGCACUUCUUUUGCUUUUCUUUUUUGGUAGUUUUCACCUGCUGAGCCGUUUAUGGUUAUUGCCGCAAUUCCGUUGUGACAGUCGGAGGCGCUUUAUCAUAAAUUAAAAAAUCGUGUAGUCGGCGAGGGACCGCCAGAUCGCCAGAUCGCUGGACAGCCCCGCCCCCUGAUACCCAUCCACGUCCACUGAUGGAUGAUGCUGCCGCUGAUGGCUGUUUCGGGUCUGAGUUAUGGCCGGGCCAGGUCGGAGAUUUGCAUGAAUGAAACGCACGCGUUGCCCGAAAACUGUUUGGUGAUCCGAUCUCGCGAUGACUUAAUUGAAACGCCGCUGGCCGGAGCUGAAGAAGGUGUUAAUUAGCAUACGAACAAAUGGACAAAAGCUCGCGUGUAUUCCGUAUCUCCCAUAUAUUGUAUUUCGGCAUUCGAUCGUCGGUUUUGGUCACAUUCGCAUUCGCAGAAGUAUCGAACUGAAUGCUGCCGUCUGCGUUUUCGGUUCAUUAAUAACAACAGCAGAGGCGUUCGGUUUACAUCCAAUAGUUUGGCCCUCCAGAUUCUCGACUCCUAUGGCCGCGUUUUAUGGGUAAAAAAAUAUUAAAAACAAAACGAAGGCCCUUUCGGUAUUGUGGAACUGCGGAAAUCGGAGACUGCUAAGCUCAGCGCGAAAGGAAAGGCAAGAAAAGGAAAUUAAGCCUCAAAUGCAUUGAGUAUUGAGACUUUUAGUGCGAAUAGAAUAUGAUGAUAGUGCCAGCUGUUGGGCUCGAAUUCGUGUUGUGUGCCUCGGAUUUGCAUCGUCAUGUGGAAAAUACAUAACAAGCUCUUAAUCUACAUACUCUGGAUUAUGGAAAUAAGAUUAGUGUCCAGCUUUACAUCCGCCAUGCUCUGUGGCCGAAUCCCGGGCCUGACUCCCGGCCAGAGGAACAUGUGCCGCGAGAUGCCCGACGCCCUGAUCGCCCUGGGCGAGGGCCACCAACUGGGCGCCCAGGAGUGCCAGCACCAGUUCCGGGGCCACCGCUGGAACUGCUCGGAGGUGUGGCAGCGCAACGUCUUCGCCCAUGUCAUACCCACAGCUUCACGUGAGGCUGCCUACACCUAUGCGAUAGCCAGUGCCGGAGCGGCCUAUGCGGUGACCGCCGCCUGUGCCCGCGGCAACAUCUCCACCUGCGGCUGCGACGUGCGGCACAAGGCCACGCCCACUGCCGGAGGAACGCCCGAGGAGCCCUGGAAGUGGGGCGGCUGUUCGGCGGACGUGGACUUCGGGAUGCGGUACGCGCGCAGGUUCAUGGAUGCCCGCGAACUGGAGCGAGAUGCCCGCACCCUAAUGAAUAUCCACAACAAUCGGGCAGGGAGAACGCUGGUCAAGAAGAUGCUGCGCACGGACUGCAAGUGCCAUGGCGUGAGUGGCUCCUGCGUGAUGAAGACCUGCUGGAAGAGCCUGCCGCCCUUUCGCCUGAUCGGCGAUAAGCUCAUGCAGAAGUAUCAAAAAGCCAAAACUGUUCAAGCCGUCAAAGGCAAACGUGGACUGAGAUUAGUAUUAAGCAGAAAGAAGCAUGCCGGUACCGCUCGUGCCCAGAAACCGGUCCUCGAUUGGCCGAAGCGAAUGGAGCUGAUCUACCUGGAGGCGUCGCCCAACUACUGCGAGCGGAGUCUGCAGACGGGCAGCCAGGGCACCGCCGGCCGCGUCUGCCAGCGGACCGGCCACGGCCCCCAGAGCUGCGACCUGCUCUGCUGUGGGCGUGGCCACAACACCCAGCACAUCCGGCGGACGAAGCAGUGCCGCUGCCAGUUCCGCUGGUGCUGCGAGGUCAGGUGCGACGAGUGCGACGAGAGCUACGAGGAGUUCACCUGUAAAUAGACGGAGGAGCAGGACCAGAACGCAGCUAGUACUAGGGCUAUGUCAUAGAAAAUGCGUUAAUUAAGUAUUAUGAGAAAUGUAUUACACCCACAGACACGCACCACGCCACCAUACAAACACAUUCCAGAAUAAAUACAACAAGUUAACAUUCACAAAGA